UUCUUCGAGUGAGUCAGUAAUUAACAUAAAGAUAAAAUAGAGAGUUUUCGACGACAAAACAGUUCAGUGUUUUUAUUUACUUCCGUUUCCAUAGCAACGAGGAACCAACGGAAGCAGCAGCACCUGAGCUGGGCGACAUGGCUGAAGUAGAAGACACUUUAAAGAGAAUUCAGGGCAUUAAUGGUGUUAUUGGCACAAUCGUCGUUAACGCAGAAGGCAUUCCCAUCAAAACCACUCUAGACAACUCGACGACGGUGCAGUACGCCGGACUGCUGCAUCAGCUGACUACGAAAGCCCGGAGUACAGUCAGAGACAUCGACCCCCAGAACGACCUGACGUUCCUGCGCAUCACCAAGAAACACGAGAUCAUGGUGUCGACAGAUAAAGAAUACCUGUUGAUCGUCAUCCAGAACCCAACUGAAUAGUGUCACGAUGCCGUGUUUCACAUAGACAUACUAAAUCAGAUUCUUUCAAAUAUUUAUUUGUUUGUAUACGGUCCUAAACAAGUAGAUUCUAAUCUGAAUUCAUUUGAUUGUUCAGUGUGAUUGAGUGCAUGUAAAUCAUCAAUAAAUAAGUGAACUGUU